AUGUCUCCGACAAUAAUAGCCAUAAUCAUACUCAGCAUCCUGCUGGCUUUGCUUCUGCUCCUGCUGCUGCUUCUGCUCUGCCGGUGGAUCCUCCUUGAGGAUGACGAUGACGAUGCCGAUGCCGAUGGUGUAAAGCUGCAACAGAAGGAUAUGAUGAGUCCUCUUCCGGUAGGGGCACUGUCUAUAGCAAUAGGUGAGGCGGGCGGGCGAGGCGAGCAGCAGAGGCAGAAGCAGCAUGAGAUGAUGAUGAGUCCUCUGCGGGGAGGGCCCAGAAUAGGCGCAUCCCCCUUGCCACGAGGACUUACAGGCGCAUCCCCCUCCCCAGGACGAGUGCUCGGGAAAGGCGAGCAACAAGCGAGCAAGCUCUCCUUUGUGAAGGAGGACAGACAGAAGUUCGACCUGCAGGACUUGAUGAGAGCAUCCGCAGAAGUACUAGGAUCCGGAAGCUUCGGGUCAUCGUACAAGGCAGUGCUGGUGGACGGGGAAGCAGUGGUCGUCAAGAGAUUCAAGCAAAUGAACAACAUAAGCAAGGAAGACUUCCACGACCACAUGAAGAGACUCGGCCGGCUCAAACACCCCAAUCUGCUUCCCUUGGUAGCAUACUUAUACCGCAGAGAAGAGAAGCUAGUUGUUUUGGACUUUGUCCAAAACAACAGCUUGGUGAAGCAUCUACAUGACGACAGAAAACGGCCUAAGGAAUGGCCGAAGGCGUUGUUCAGCUGGGAAAGCCGCUUGAAAGCUAUUAAAGGAGUAGCAAGAGGGCUGGCCUACCUCCACGCGGAGCUUCCCAGCCUAAGCAUCCCCCACGGCCACUUGAAGUCAUCCAACGUCAUGCUAGAUAGAAACUACAACGCGCUUCUCAUGGACUACACACUCAGCCCCAUCGUCAACCCCAGCCAGGUCAGCCAAGCGCUCGUGGCGUACAGAUGCCCUGAGUACGCCCAAACCGGCCGGAUUGACAGGAAAUCGGACGUGUGGUGCUUGGGGAUUUUGAUACUGGAGACUCUCACGGGAAAGCCGGUUGACAAGUACAAUGGUGCAGAGUUAGUGAAAUGGGUGAAAGGUAUCGUGGAGGAAGAAGCGGUGGAAGGGAGAGAUGCGUUGGUGUUUGACAAGAGUAUGGAGACGAGCAGGCCGGAGAUAAACAUGCUUUUGCAGAUAGGGAUAGCAUGUUGCCAAGAGGACAUGGACAAGAGGUUAGGUUUGGAGGAGGCAGUUACAAGAAUUGAGCAGCUGCAAGAGUAA